AUGCUGGCGGUAUAUGCGGCCAACGGUGAUGCUGAAAAUCCUCUAGCUGGUCUUAAAGUUGGCCAGGUGCCCUUACCUAAGGUUCCAGAGGGUUGGCUACGCGUCAAAGUCGAAGCUGCUACAGUCAACUGGCACGACGUUUUCACCCUGAAGGGCAUUGGCCAUCACUCUCUCACUUUCCCGAUUGUUCUAGGCUGCGAGGGUGUUGGAACUCUUGAAGAUGGAUCACGAGUCAUCCUUUACCCCGUCAUGAUCUCGCCCGGCUAUAUUGGCGACGAGACAAAGGAUGAAAAGCGUAACGUCUUUUCGGAACUUGUAGAUGGAACCCUGGCGGAAUAUGUGGCUGUCCCGCCGGCCAACAUAUUGCCUCUACCUAAGGAAAUCGACUCAGUGUCGGGAGCUGUGCUUGGAAUUGCUUGGCUUACCGCCUAUCGGAUGCUCUUCACCAAGUCUGGCCUGCGCCCUGGCCAGACUAUGCUUGUGCAGGGCAGCUCAGGCGGUGUUACCACGGCUCUCAUUCAGCUUGGUGUGGCUGCGGGCAUGCGCGUAUGGACCACAGGCCGUUCUGCUGAGAAGAGGAAGCUGGCAGAGUCUCUCGGCGCUGAGAGAACAUUCGAGGCUGGAGAGAAGCUUCCCACACUAGUCGACGCUGUCUUCGAUACCAGCGGCACUGCGACCUGGAAGCAUACAGUUGCCUCUGUGAAGACAGGGGGUACAAUUGUGGUUUGCGGUGGCCACAGCGGCUUUGAACUGCCUACAGAUGCAUUCCGCCUAUUAGUUGAUCAGCUUAGCAUCCACGGAGUUUAUGCAGGAACUCUGGAUGAAUUCAGAGAUCUCAUUUCGUUUGUGGCGGCGAAGAAAAUAAAGCCUUGUGUCGGAAAUGUUCUUCCGCUUUCUGAGGCUGUAGAAGCAGUCAAGUCAAUUCACGAAGGCAGGACUCAGGGCAAGGUGGUUUUAACAGUUGGUGAUGUCGCCGUAUGA